GGCUGUGCCACGGGCGGGACCAUGACGUUGAGGUCAAGGCGGGGCCUCCUCUUGUUCCUCCCCCGGCUGCGGCCGCCGCGGCGGUGGCUUUGCAUCUCCAAAAGGGGCCCUCCGACUUCUCGCUGGGCCAGUCCGGCGCUGUGUGGCGGAGUCUCACGCUGCUCCCGCCGGUCUCGGAGCGGGACUCCUUUCUCCUCAGAGUUACGAGUAACUUUCCCAGCCCCUGGCGCUAAAGUGGCUCGGGGACCGUGGCCGCCGCAGGUGGGUGAGCCCGGGGCCCGGCUCUCUGCAACUCCGCUGUGCGCAGGUCAAGCCCUCGGUUCGUGCACCGUGGGGGUCCCUGGCGUCGGCUCUGCGGGCGAGAUGCCUCUGGGACACAUCAUGAGGCUGGAUCUGGAGAAGAUCGCCUUGGAGUACAUCGUGCCCUGUCUGCACGAGGUUGGCUUCUGCUACCUGGACAACUUCCUAGGCGAGGUGGUGGGCGACUGCGUGCUGGAGCGAGUCAAGCAGCUACACUACAACGGGGCCCUGCGUGACGGCCAGCUGGCGGGGCCGCGCGCCGGCGUCUCGAAGCGGCACCUGCGGGGCGACCAGAUCACGUGGAUCGGAGGCAAUGAAGAGGGCUGCGAGGCCAUCAACUUCCUCCUGUCCCUCAUCGACAGGCUGGUCCUGUACUGCGGGAGCCGGCUGGGCAAAUACUAUGUCAAGGAGAGGUCCAAGGCAAUGGUGGCUUGCUAUCCGGGAAAUGGAACGGGUUAUGUCCGCCAUGUGGACAACCCCAAUGGUGAUGGCCGCUGUAUCACCUGUAUCUACUACCUGAAUAAGAAUUGGGAUGCAAAGUUACAUGGAGGGGUUCUGCGGAUAUUUCCAGAAGGGAAAUCAUUCGUAGCAGAUGUGGAACCCAUUUUUGACAGACUGCUGUUCUUCUGGUCAGACCGCAGGAACCCACAUGAAGUUCAACCCUCCUAUGCUACCAGGUACGCUAUGACUGUCUGGUACUUUGAUGCUGAAGAAAGGGCAGAAGCCAAAAAGAAAUUCAGGAAUUUAACUAGGAAAACUGAAGACUGACUGGUGUGAAGUCCGCUGGCCUCAUUCAUUUAGUAGUGGUUCCUGAAAUUUUAAGAGUCAAGAGCCAAAGAGUCUGUAAAAUCCCCCCCACUGCCUCCAUCACUUAAUCCCUGUCUUGUUUGUGGUACUUCAUGUUUUCUUGCCAGGACUGUAUUGACCUUCAGAUACUCUCUUUGUCAGAUGAACUCAUUAGCUAACUCUAGAAAUACCUGCCAGCAUCCUUUAUUGGCCAGCGGUUUAAUUGAUAGAUUUGGGGAUACGGCUGUUGAGACAGGAGCCCAGGAGUGACUCUUAUUUGCACUUUAUAUAUAUAUAUAUACUUCCUGAUUUGAAAGGAGGAGGUUUGCAAAACACAUUGGUGACAGAUGACACAAAGAGGCACCCUUGAAACCUUAGCAGCAAGAAGCAGAGAUACAUAUCAUCUCAACAAUUUCCAGAUGUUAACCUGAGACUGGACGAUUAUGACAACCUAAUGACAUUAUUACCUCUAGAAAGAGCUGCUGUCAUUGUGAUCGAUUUAUAACUGUCCCAUGGUGGACACUCCUUUUUUUUUUUUUCUGGCCCUUCUGGACUUUCUAAGUCAAUGACUUUCUUGAUGAAGAUGACACCACCAUUCCUCUCUAUUUUCACUUCUUACUUGGAGAACCUAAUUAUGCAGAUAAUAAAACUGGCUGUGUAGUUUGGAUUGUUUUUCUGGCAUUGAAAUUGGAAAUUAAAAUCAAAGGACAGAAAUCGUCCAGGUAAUUUAGCAUCAGCUUCUGCUCACUGUGUGGACAGAACAAAGCCUAGCGCUACACAAUACCCAUGUGGGCUGCAAACAGGUUGAGAGGGGAGAUGAGAUUGGAAGCGCAGGCAGUCCUUUUCGUCAGUAUUCCUUUUAACCCUUCAUUAUUAGCUACAACAAAGAACAGCGCGCUGUAUUCUUGAAAGAGAUUGAAAUAAAAAAGAUCUCAAAGCUGUUAAGCGUUCUGCCAUGUGGUCUCCCCCUACCAGCCUUUCUUUGGCCACCUUGACCCUUGAGAGCAGCUGGUUGGUAGUGCUGCCAGACUUGUGGGAUUCGUUUUGAACUGUGGAAGGUUCUGCUGCUCCAGGAAGCAGUUACCACCUUCCUCCAGAACUCUGCAGUUAGUACCUAUUUUGGAAAAGUUACCCAUCCUAGUUUUGCUUCUACCUCCUCAUCUUUCAGAUCACUUUCAUUUCUUGCUAAGAUCCCACAAGCAUCAAAGACCCGGAAAUGUUUUUUCCAUCAUGUUCAGAUGUACAGACUUUCCAAGAAAGAAGCUGAUGUUUUUCCUUUAAUCAUUUGGGAAAGUGUUCAGGAAGAACUGUCAUUCCUUCUCACCAUGGCUCUGUUUUAUUUUAUGUAGCAUUUUCCACCUUCUAACUUACAAUGUCCUUUCCUUAUUUAUUAUGUUUAUUGUCUUGUAGCCUAUGAUGUCUAGAGCAAUAAGUACAAUGGAGACAGGGACUUUGUACAUUUUUGGUCAGUGAAACAUAUUCCCAGCACCUAACCCAAUGCCUGGCAUAUAGCAAGGGCUUAGUAAAUAUGUGUUCAAUAAACUCAGUUUCCUCUGUAA